CCACCGUUGACUAAACAGUUUUUUUACCGGCAGCCGAAGCAGUCUGGGUGUCACAGUGGUUUGACCAGCGAGUCACUCACUGAGGGAUAACAUUCGUGGAACCUGCCGCGCUGACGGCACAACUAUCCAGCCUCCACUAAAGCGGGAACACAGACCUUUCGGCGCGGAAAACAGGACGUUACCAUGAUGGCUGUCCUGGGCAGCGCCAGUCGCUUGAUCCAAUUCGCCAGGAGCGGCAUCAGUCUGUCUGUGAGGAGACGCUCCACAGCUGCUGCUUUGGCCCAGACGUCCACCCCAGAAACGCACGACAACAGGAAACCUAAGACGGGAAUUUUGAUGCUGAACAUGGGAGGACCGGAGAAACUAGAAGACGUGCACGACUUCCUGCUGCGGUUGUUCUCGGACACGGACCUGAUGAAACUCCCAGUACAGAAUAAGCUCGGGCCGUUCAUUGCAAAGCGCCGCACGCCAAAGAUCCAGGAGCAGUACAGCAAGAUCGGAGGGGGCUCGCCCAUCAAGCACUGGACCUCCAUGCAGGGGGAGGGCAUGGUGAAGCUGCUGGACCAGAUGUGUCCUGAGACGGCACCUCACAAGUUCUACAUCGGCUUCCGGUACGUUCAGCCGCUGACGGAGGAAGCAAUCGAGCAGAUGGAGAAGGACGGAGUGGAGCGGGCCGUGGCCUUCACACAGUAUCCUCAGUACAGCUGCUCCACCACAGGCAGCAGUCUGAACGCCAUCUACCGUUACUACAGCAACAGAGGCAACAGGCCAAAAAUGCGCUGGAGUGUCAUCGACCGUUGGCCCACACACCCUCUGCUGGUGGAAUGUUUCGCAGAUCACGUCCGCAACGAGUUGCUGAAGUUUCCAGAAGACAAGCGGGACGACGUUGUCAUUCUCUUCUCGGCACACUCCCUCCCCAUGGCUGUUGUAAACAGAGGUGACCCGUAUCCUCAGGAGGUGGGAGCCACCGUUCAGAGAGUCAUGGAGAGACUGGGACACUGUAACCCGUACAGACUGGUGUGGCAGUCCAGGGUGGGGCCCAUGCAGUGGCUCGGCCCCCAGACGGACGACGUGAUCAAAGGCCUGUGCGAGCGAGGGAAGAAGAACAUCCUAAUGGUGCCCAUCGCCUUCACCUCGGACCACAUCGAGACUCUGCACGAGCUGGACAUCGAGUACGGCCAGGUGCUGGGGGAGGAGUGUGGGGUGGAGAACAUCAGGAGAGCUGAGUCUUUGAACGGGAACCCUCUCUUUAUGAAGGCUCUGGCCGACCUGGUCCAGUCCCACCUCAAGUCCAACCAGCCCUGUUCCCGUCAGCUGACCCUGCGCUGCCCGCUGUGCACCAACCCCACCUGUGGAGAGACCAAGGCCUUCUUCGCCAGCCAGAAGCUCUCUUAGAAAGCUUCCUGCAGCAGAGUGAAGGAACUUAAGGCCUUCUCCAAUAAACACAUGACUCACACACACACACACACACACACACACACAGUUUCUCCAGCGGGUGUCAGUUCCCAGGGAAAAUAACUUCAGGGUAGAACAUGUGUGACUCAAAUGCAAAUUUUCUUUUUCUGAAUCCAGUUUAAAUAAUAAGAGGAGUAGGCAUUAGUCCUUCCACUGGUUUUCUCAUCACAGCUCCCUGGCUUACAUUCCAGACCCCAUUUGUCUUCCUGCUAGUGCUCAUUGAAUAACGGUCGUCCUUGACGUCGACAAUGACGCCACUCACGAUUCACCCCCCCCCCCGCUGCAAGCGGCACAAUAUGAUUGGCGGAAGAUGGUGAUGCUCUGAGGACGCGGCUGCUUUAGGGAUUCAACAGGAGGGAUCUUUACGUCUAGAAAGUAGUAUCCGUUAUUACACAAAUCCUUCCCUCUAUUCUUUUCUGCACCGUUUCUACAGUAGAACAGUGUGCAGUGAGGGUCUAUCUCUGAUAAAACAAAAUAAAACGCAUGUUUUGGGACCCUUCAGGGUGUCAGGAAAGUAAUGUACACGAUUUCAAAGAUAUUACGUUAAAUUAAAAAUUCACAAACCUCUUCUAUCAUUAGUUUUUCUUUUUGUCUGCCCCUACAAAGGUCAAAUGCAGCUCAUCACUUCUUUAAAUAUGCAUCACACCAAAAACAUGCGCACAAUUCAACAUUUUGACAGCGAUUAUAAGCAUUGGUGAUCCAGGAGAAAUGAGGUGCAGCAUCAAAAGUAAAUUGAAAUGAAUAUAGUAAAGUGUGCGGUAACAUGGCACCUUCAGGCGCCUUCUUCUUCUUACAGUGUUCGAUGUUCUCCAGUCAGUGGAAACAUGUUUGAGAUGGCAACAAAGAGCCUUCAGGUUCUGCUUGGCUUUCUACAAAUAUGCCCAAAAUAAGAGUUGUCAUGAAAUUCUAUGGAAUCUGACUUUUUUUUAAUAGGUUUUACGUUUCUGUUCCGUUAGAGAAUAAAAUGCACAGUGAUUUAAGACCAUUAGAUCAUUUUUACACAUUUAGCGGUAGGAUUUUCAAUGAAAUGCUUACAUUAUACAUUUUUGUAGGUGUGAGAAAUGUAUAAAAAUAACCAAAUGCAUGAAAGAGCCCUGGAGUUGUCCUCAGAGAGCGAGCUGCGUUUAUUCCAAAUGCCGUGUAGCGAAGUAGCACAGACGUCCUGACGUGUGUCUGAACCUUCAGUGCAGUCUUUUUUUUCAUCUACUCAGUGCUUUGAUCACAGUCCCCUAAAUAUGAAAAUAAAACUACUCUGUUGAUAAGUUAGAUAUGAUCCCAUUUGAGAUGACAUGCUCCUUGACCUACGGCCUUCCCCCACACUGUUUUCUUCCUCCAAUGCCGUGAUCAUGUGCCUCUUUUUCUGAUGGCUAUUUAGCAAUACGGAUAUUACUUCUUUUUGUCUGUGCUGAACAAAAAUGCUGACGGGAAGCAUCUGCCACCAAAAAUCUGAAUUUACAAGUUCUGGAAACCAGAAAGAGAGCUCACUAGCUAAGUAGCCCGCUGCUCACGUUCCGAUGGGCCUCUCUCCGGUCGGUACACGCAUUGGUGCUUCUGGAGGUGGUUGCUGUUCAUCACUCAACUCAUUCUCACUCCGUUCAAACGGGCGUACUUUGUGCUUUCAGGGCUCUUCCACGGGGUUGAAAGGGCUAGUUUUGUCUUCGAAGAUUGCUUUAUCCAGAGUUCUGUGCUUUGCAUUAAUAACUGAAUGUAUUCUAAAGGGUGGUAUUCAACUCGCAGCUCAGUAUAGAAGUAGAAGAAUUCAGCUCCCACCUUAAACAAACCGAAAUGAAGUCAAGAAUCCCAUCAAACUGCAUGUUAGUGACGAAAGAGUCAGAUUCCUCUGAAACUCCACUGUCUUAAAUACAACCAGAACUGUGAAAAGGUCUGCAGGAUGAUUGGGUCGGCGCUAGAACACAUUCUAAUGCCCCCCCCCCCAACAACAUGUCUUCUUAUUUAUUUUGAAUUAUCUUCUGUGUGCUCUGUUUGUAGCUGGAAAUGCGCUGUGUGAUUUUCGCGUUGUACAUGCAAUAAAGACGCUACAGAUUUGUUGCAGAUUUAAUUUGAGUAUUUUGGAAUAAUUUAUUUUUGGUCAUUUUGACCGCACAAACUGUCUGCUGUUUAUAACAUGUUUUUUAUAUGUAUAUUUGAGACACAUGGUAUAAGCAAUGAUAUUAAACAUAACAAAUCUUCCUUAAAAACA